AUGUCAUCAUCGGGCUCCAUCGGCGACAUCCCGGCCGGGUUACUACCUCCGGACCCGGCCUCCGUCGGCAUGGCCUUUGCAUCUGCCGAUCAGGCAUGCAAGGAGUGCAGAAGGCGCAAGGCGAAAUGCAAUCGGGCUAUUCCGACCUGCAAUCUAUGCGUGAAAUACCGGCGUCAUUGCCUGUACGAAAAGCACGCGCGGACACCACUAACGAGGAAACAUCUUACCGAAGUCGAAGAGAGGUUGGAACGGGCCGAGGCGCUGAUCACGCACAUGCGGGCUCUCAUGCCGACUAACGUAAGGUCGGGUUCGGCUCUGGGAACGCCCGGGAGACUGGAGACUCCGGCGCCGAGAGCGGAUGAGACCUUUGACUUUUCGAGAUUAGACUCCCCGGCCCCGAAUACCACACAUACAGCACCAUCGCAUCCGGUCCCUGCUGAAACGGACCUCAGCAUGCUUUCACGGGGUGAGCCUGAACAUGUUUCUCAAGCUCAACCUGUGCGAGUCCCUCUUACACGCAACACGAUCAACUCGUCGUCGCCGGGAUUCGUCACAAACGUGAACACGCAGAGAGCCCCGAGACCGUCUCACCACCACCAUUCAGCAAACGAUGCCAUUCACAGAGACCUCAACCUCCUCGAGGCUCACCCAACAGACGACUUCGAAUGGGACGAGCAAGAGACCCUGACGAACUACUCCGCAUCUCCCGAAGCCAUCCAGGAAACAGAUGCCAAUGGCGAGGUGACCAUUGCAGACGGUAUGGCGACGCUCGCCGUAAGCGAGAAAGAGUCCGGCUACCUCGGCGUCGCGUCCGGUGCCGCCCUGCUCCGCCUCCUCGAACCAUCGACCCCGCGUCGGCGGACCCAAUCUUCCUCUUCACGAACGGCACCGAUAACUCAUAUGCAAUACCCCCUUACUGCGCAACCUGACCCGAACAGACACAUCACUGACGCCAUGAUCGAUGCUUACUUCAGGCUCUAUCACGUCAGCUACCCGAUCAUCCACGAGGCAACGUUUCGUGCGCAGUAUGCUGGUGUUAUACCUCGACCAAGUGGUGACUGUUGGCUAGUUUUGGCUUACACUGUCGCUGCUAUUGGAGUGUAUACGACAGCAACGACUCUCGAUAACCUCGAUAUGUCACUAUUUGGCCAGGCACGGUCGAUCUUGUCCUUCAACUUCCUCGAAGUCGGAAACUUAACGCUGGUGCAGGCUCUCACUCUCAUCUCCAAUUACCAGCAGAAGCGAGAUAAGCCUAACUCAGGGUACAAUUAUCUCGGCUUAGCUGUGCGUAUGGCUAUGGGUCUCGGCCUCCAUAAAGAGUUCCAAGGUUGGAACAUUUCACCCCUGAAUAUGGAGAUACGUCGCAGAGUCUGGUGGUCUUUAUGCGUUUUCGAUGUCGGCGCAACCAUCACCUUCAGUCGGCCCUCGGUCUUUCCCUCUGAAGGCGUUGACGUCUCUCUACCCCUCAACGUCGAUGACAAGUCCCUAACUGCCAUCUCAAAAUCUUAUCCGCCGGAAACCGAAGGAAUAACCCCCUACACAGCCGUCCGAACCCAAGCAAGCUUCCACAUUGCAACAACACCAAUCUACACGCGCGUGAUUUCAAAACCCUUCCCGUCUGCGGAAGAGAUGCUGCGUCUAGACGAGGAACUCCUCGAGUCGUGGCUUUCCAGCGUACCACUUUACUUCUCCGAAACGGCAAAGGUGCAUCCCAAAUACGCUCUAGCACACGCUGUAAUGAAUUGGCGGUACAGGAACCUCAGAAUCAUAAUGUACCGCCCAUUCGUCAUUCGUCGUGCACUUCAAGCCCGGGACAGACGACCAGAUGACUCGCCUUCAAACAUCCGAGCUUACGAGAAGUGUCUUGCGGACGCGAAGGCCACCAUCACGAGCAUCAGCGAGUUCUGGGACCGUAAUGAACAUAAUAGACUGGGAGCAUGGUACGCAUUAUAUUUCCUCUUCCAGGCAGCCCUGAUUCCCUGCAUCUGCCUCCGAAACGAUCCCAGUUCCCCCAACGCCUCAGACUGGCGCCAGCAAGUCACCACCACAACGCGCUGCAUCGCCGCCCUCGCACCAGUGAACUCGAGUUCAUCGCGUUGUUAUCAAGUCAUCAUAGACCUCUGCGGUCGCUUCUUGGACAGCAGCAUCGCCACUCAAGCACCACCUCAGGCAGCUGCCGAAGAGACACGGUCAACACCGAACUAUGACACCACGGGUGCUUUGCAGGCUGCCCCUGAGCCUAUCGAUGAGAGUCCUCAGACGCAGAUCAACAGCGUGUUCUCAAUGAUGUGGCCCAAUGUUCCGCCGAUGGAGGCUGCGGAUGUUGUCAUGGGUGACGAUGCGUGGAUGGAGUUCUUGAAAGGCGGGGCGGGAGGGGAUGGGGAUGGAAUGUGGUUUGAUAAUUGA